CGCGUUGGCGGCUGGGGCAACUGGGCAUGCUCGGCGGCGGCGGCGGCGGCGCAGGUUUGGGUCACAAGUAGGAAGAAGCCGGAGCGCGACGCCGGCAGGGAGAAGCGGGAGCCGCCGGCGGCUCGCGGCUGUGGGCUCGGCCACCGCCGCCUCGGAGCCGGAGCGGGAGCCGGUGUGAAGGAGGCCCCAACCGCUGUCUGCCCUCCUGUCCUCGCCUGUCCGUGUCAGCGCGCUGUGCGGGACUCGGGUCGGUGACCGGCGCCGCGGAGGGGGAGCGGCGCGACCCUCCCUCCGCCGCCUGCGGCCCGAGGGCGCCCCCGCGGGGCGGAGCAGCUCCCGCCGCCCGGAGGGUCCGCUCCAGCCGCAGCCCGGAGGAGGAGCAGGAGGAGCAGGAGGAGGGGGCGGCCAUGGGGCUGCUGUCCCAGGGCUCGCCGCUGAGCUGGGAGGAGACCCGGCGCCACGCCGACCACGUGCGGCGCCACGGCAUCCUCCAGUUCCUGCACAUCUACCACGCCGUCAAGGACCGGCACAAGGACGUGCUCAAGUGGGGCGACGAGGUGGAAUACAUGUUGGUAUCUUUUGAUCAUGAAAAUAAAAAAGCCCAGUUGGUCCUGUCUGGAGAGGAAGUUCUUGAAACCCUACAAGAAAAGGGAGAAAGGACAAACCCAAACCAUCCUACCCUUUGGAGGCCCGAGUAUGGGAGCUACAUGAUUGAAGGGACGCCUGGACAGCCGUAUGGAGGAACAAUGUCCGAGUUCAAUACAGUUGAAGAUAACAUGAGGAAACGCCGGAAGGAGGCAACUUCUUUAUUAGAAGAAAAUCAGGCUCUUUGUACAAUAACAUCAUUUCCAAGAUUAGGUUGUCCCGGGUUCACGCUGCCUGAGUUCAAACCCAACCCGGUUGAAGGAGGAGCUUCCAAGUCCCUCUUCUUUCCCGACGAAGCAAUAAACAAGCACCCCCGCUUCAGUACCUUAACAAGAAAUAUUCGACAUAGGAGAGGAGAAAAGGUUGUUAUCAAUGUACCAAUAUUUAAGGACAAGAACACACCAUCUCCAUUUAUUGAGACAUUUCCUGAGGAUGAUGAAGCAGCAAGGGCUUCUAAACCCGACCAUAUUUACAUGGAUGCCAUGGGAUUUGGGAUGGGCAAUUGCUGUCUUCAGGUAACAUUCCAAGCUUGCAGCAUAUCUGAGGCCAGAUACCUGUACGAUCAGUUGGCCACUAUAUGUCCCAUUGUUAUGGCUUUGAGUGCCGCGUCUCCUUUCUACCGAGGCCAUGUGUCUGACAUUGACUGUCGCUGGGGAGUGAUUUCCGCAUCCGUAGAUGACAGAACUCGGGAGGAGCGAGGACUGGAGCCGCUGAAGAAAAAUAAUUAUAGGAUCAGUAAAUCCCGCUAUGAUUCAAUAGACAGUUACUUAUCGGUGUGCGGUGAGAAAUACAAUGACAUUGAUCUGACAAUCGACAAAGAAAUUUACCAACAACUGUUGCAAGAAGGCAUCGACCAUCUGCUGGCCCAGCAUGUGGCGCAUCUCUUUAUUAGAGACCCACUGACUCUGUUUGAAGAGAAAAUAAACCUGGAUGAUGCCAAUGAGUCUGACCAUUUUGAGAAUAUUCAGUCCACAAAUUGGCAGACAAUGAGGUUUAAGCCCCCUCCUCCAAACUCAGAUAUUGGAUGGAGAGUGGAAUUCCGACCCAUGGAGGUUCAGCUGACAGACUUUGAGAACUCGGCAUAUGUAGUGUUUGUGGUCCUGCUUACCAGAGUGAUCCUUUCAUACAAAUUGGAUUUCCUCAUUCCAUUGUCAAAGGUCGAUGAAAACAUGAAAGUAGCACAGAAACGGGAUGCCGUCCUGCAGGGAAUGUUCUAUUUCCGGAAGGAUAUUUGCAAAGGUGGCAGCGCGGUGGUGGAUGGCCGUGGCAAGGGCCAGAACAGCAGCGAGCAGGCCGUGGAGGAGUACACCCUCAUGAGCAUAGACACCAUCAUCAACGGGAAGGAAGGCGUGUUUCCCGGGCUCAUCCCUAUUCUCAACUCUUACCUGGAGAACAUGGAAGUGGAUGUGGACACCAGAUGUAGUAUUCUCAACUACCUGAAGCUAAUUAAGAAGAGAGCGUCCGGAGAACUAAUGACAGUGGCCAGAUGGAUGAGGGAGUUUAUUGCAAGCCAUCCCAGCUACAAGCAAGAUAGUGUAAUAACUGAUGAAAUGAACUAUAGCCUUCUUUUGAAGUGUAACCAAAUUGCAAAUGAAUUGUGUGAAUGCCCAGAGUUACUUGGACCAGCAUUUCGGAAAGCAAAAUACAGCGGAAGUAAAACUGACUCUUCCAACUAAGUGUCCUGCAGAAGGAAAAGUGCAUUACUGUCGAAGAAUGGAGUGCCACUUUGCAGGACUUACUCAGCCCGUGUACAUGGUGGGAAGACCAAACUGCACUGUUUCCUGGGUCAGUGGGCCAGAAGUGAACUUCCAGGCUUCCUUUCAUAGGUGAAUUUAGAAUUUAUACAGUGUACAUGUACAUAGUAAAGUAUUUUUAUGAUUAACAAUGUAUUUUAAUAACAUUGUAUCUAAAGUCAUUAUGAACUGGCUUGUACAUUUUUCAGUUCAUAACUCUGGGGCAACUGCUGCCUGAGCAAUUUUGUAAAUGUAAUGUACCAGUAAUUGUACUAUAUCUGCAUUCCAGAGUUUAAAAUGUUUACUGUACAUUUUCUCUAAGAGACUUAUAUCUAGGACCUGAUUCACUGAAAUUUGAAAAGUUUGUCUUGUUACUUUUCUUUGAGUCAUCUCCUUUGUUGAAGACAUAAAAUCACUAUUGAAUCAUUGGAGUGCUUCCUGGGUAAUCUUACACGUUCUUCUUUUGUAAUCAGAAUAGUUCACCACUUGGUCACUCUAUCUCAGCUUUCACCAUGAAAUAAGUGAGAGCUGCUGAGCUGGUUGCUCUUGUAUAGGGCAUUUUCAUUCUUUCCUUGUUCAGAUUUCCUGAUUCAGACAUUUCAAGACUGCUGUGCAGAAAGGAAGGAGAGGCUCUUGCAUGGGUUCAUAUGCAGUCAUUUUUGGUGGUGACUUUUUUUUAAGGGCACAAGAGGAAGAAUAUGUUUUCUUCAUGUACAUACCAAGAAUAUUGUUAGAAAUGGCUCUCGUUCUUUUUUUCUGGCCUGUUUAUUCUGAUUGCUACUGCGUACUGAAAUUUUCAAAUCACAUGCAGUUGCUGAGGAGUAUGUUUUGUUAAUUUUUUUUUCCCAGUUUGCAUUAAGCAUCUUGGCAGUCUUCUAAAAGCCACUCACUUUAGAUUUUCACCUGAGAAAUAUUCUACAGUUACUUACCCCUCUCUCUGAAGCUCAUAAAUAAAAUGCAUAAUUAAAUCAUGACAAUGCACUAAGCUUUGUGAAUCAGGAUCCUGAAUGUUUAAUUGUAAAUAAUUUUACAUAAUGGUUAGCUUUUUGUUGACAUUUUCCCCCCCAGCUAAAAGUCUUCAAUAACUAUGUAUAUUAGAUCAUACAAACCUUUGCGGGCAUGAAUAUUUAAAUUGUAAUGCUAAUUUCAUGUUGGACAAAAGCUGCUUCAGCUUAUUCCUGUGUAAACACUUGGGCUUGUGCUCUAUUACAUACGCGCGUUUCGAAGGACUCAAAGGACUGCCUGUUUUUCAUUUGCAGUUUGCUUGUGUAAAUCAGGUUGUUAAAGGACAGAUGAAUUGUUAGUGGUGUGAGGAAAUAAAUAUGAAAUUAGCAUUCUGGAAACUCUCGAAUGUCUGAGCUCUGAAACUCAAUGGAGGAUGGUGGGGUUUGCUCU